AUGGAUUUAUUUCAACAACUUUUCGAUACAGAUUUAAAAUCUCUAAUAAAUAAAACACAAAAUGACAAUUUGAUGGCUACAUUAUGUAUCACUGGCGUGACAGCUACUUUGCUUGCUAUAUUUCUGUUAAAGAGCAGCUCUGCUGGCAAGAGCAAGAAGGGGAAGAAGAAGAAAUUGAAGAAGCAAAACAUGAAGGUGGCUAAGAAACCAUUGACAUUGGAAGAGAAGAUCGAGAAAGUAUUGGGUACUUAUAACACUGAAUACAGGGAUGGUAUAAACAAACUGCUGGAAACGUUUGAUAAAAGUGAAAAGCAAGUGUAUGAAAAGAAUUAUUUUAACGAAAUGUUAUUGAAAUUAUUGAUUGAAUUAGAUGGCGUUGAUUUAAUGGAUAUCAGUGACCCAGAGAGGAAGACUGCAUUGAAAUUGAGACGUAAAGAAGCCAUCAAACUGAUACAAGGUGAACUAAAUAAGCUAGAUAACCUUUCCCAGUGA